AUAUUCUUCGCAUACAUCACACAUCCUAUCCUUCGCGUUCCAUCCCUCGUCAUUAAAAUGUCCCCAACGGCCACCUUCACCACGACUUCCUCGGAAGAGAACGCGCCUACGAAGUUCAUCCUUCCCGACCUCGUAUCCGACUGCACCUACCCUCUCCUCCUCAACGACAACUGCGAGCCCGUCGCCCGCGCCUCGGAGCAGUGGCUCAUCGCUGGCGCGCGCCUGCAGGAGCCGCGCCGCACCAAGUUCAUGGGCCUCCUCGCCGGCGAGCUUACUGCUGCUUGCUACCCGCACGCCGACGCGUCCCACCUGCGCGUGUGUGUCGACUUCAUGAACUGGCUGUUCAACAUGGACGACUGGCUCGACGACUUCGAUGUCGACGAUACCUGGGGCAUGCGUCACUGCUGCCUCGGCGCCUUCCGCGACCCUGUCGGGUUCGAGACGGACAAGCUCGGCGGUUUGAUGUCCAAGUCGUUCUUUAGCCGCUUCAGGCAGGACGGCGGUCCGGGCUGCACGGAGCGCUUCAUCCACACGAUGGACCUUUUCUUCAUUGCUGUCGCGCAGCAGGCCGGUGAUCGUGCUAACGGCAUCACCCCUGACCUCGAGUCAUACAUCACUGUCCGCCGGGACACGUCCGGCUGCAAGCCGUGCUUCGCGCUUAUCGAGUACGCCGCCGGCAUCGACCUCCCCGACCAUGUCAUCUACCACCCGACGCUCGCUGCCAUGGAGGAGGCGACGAACGACCUCGUCACCUGGUCGAACGACAUCUUCUCCUACAACAAGGAGCAGGUCACCGACGACACGCACAACAUGAUCCCCGUGCUCAUGCGCGAGCGCGGGCUCGACCUGCAGGGCGCCGUCGACUUCGUGGGGCGCCUGUGCAAGGGCACAAUCGAGCGCUUCGAGACGGAGCGCGCGCGCCUCCCCUCGUGGGGCCCCGAGCUCGACGCGCAGGUCCAGACGUACAUCGAGGGCCUGCAGAACUGGAUCGUCGGCUCGCUCCACUGGAGCUUCGACUCGCACCGCUACUUCGGCAAGGACGGGCACGCGGUCAAGAAGCACCGCAUCGUGAAGCUGCUGCCCAAGCGCGUGCCCCAGCAGGCGUAGCUGGUCGCUCGCCUGUCUCCCGUCUAUUUCGUUCAUCUGGAUACACUACUUUCUUGACUCCGUGCGCUUAAUCCUUUCUCCGCCUCCCCUUCUUGCAUACAUAACUGUGUCAUAGCCCAUACCAUAGACGCACCCCAUAAUUCUGUGCUGUAUCUUCUCCAUAUAUGGUAUGACCCCCCCUAGGCCACUAUGCUAUGCCCCGCAUGCGACUCCCACAUGCCACCCUCACGAUUUCCCUCCCCUUCGCUCUUACUCCUAGCGCGCGCUUUGUAUUUUUACGAUCUCAU